CAUGUGCUGUUCCCCUCCCCCACUUAUGUCCUCUCCCCCCAACUCUUCCCCUUUCCUAACCCUCCUCUCAGGUGCCUCUUCCGCUGCUACUCCCCCCCAUUACUCUCCCUUUGCGAUGCCUGUCGCUAUCUUCGCGGCUGUCAUGCGGCAGCGCCCACAGCUCCUAUUGCUCCCUUUCCCCACUUUCCCUGUCUCCUCCUCUGAUGUGCUUUGACUCUUCCCCGCUCCUGCUGUUCCCUCUCCUUUCCUCUCCUCUUUCCUGACGCCGGGUCGUGCCGGAGUUAUCUCGCUAUGGCGCCCUUGCUCCACCUCUUCGCCCCUGGUGGUGCUACUGCUGCCCUCGUUAUUGUCUUAUCGACGGUGUGAAGUGGUCUUGUGUCUCUUCCCUAUCACUCCUUCUUGGAGGGCGUCGCAUGAUCAUGUGUUGUGCUGUUCCAUGGGUUGCUAUGGGUCCAAAAGCUUGGAGCACAAUUCCCAUACCCUGGCCGACCCCGAAGCCGUUGCGCGCAACACUGCGUUCAGCGUGAGUGAGGUGGAGGCGCUGUACGAGCUUUUCAAAAACAUCUCUAGUGUUGGGGUGUAUGAUGGUGUUGUUAACAAGGAGGAAUUUCAGUUGGCGCUGUUUAAGCAGAGUAACAAGGGUGAAAGUCUCUUCUCUGACCGAGUUUUCAACCUAUUCGAUGAGAAGCAGAAGGGCUACCUGGAGUUCUCAGAGUUUGCACGCGCUCUGUCCGUGUUCCACCCGAAUGCGAAUGUGGAAGAUAAGAUUGACUUCGCCUUCCGGCUCUACGAUCUGCAGCACCAGGGCUUCAUCGAGCGUGCUGAAGUGAAGCGUAUGGUGGUCGCGACGCUAGCUGAGUCCGGUCUGAAUCUUACGGAUGAUGUUAUUGAGGACAUCAUCAACAAGACUUUCGCUGAAGCUGACACUAAAAUGGAUGGCAAGAUCGACAAAGAAGAGUGGCAUACUCUUGUUCAGCAGCAUCCAUCACUUCUGAAGAAUAUGACACUGCCCUACCUCAGGGAUAUUACCACGACAUUUCCAAGUUUUAUCUUUCACUCUCGGGUCGAAGAUAAUUGAGGUGAUAAUCGGCUGCUUGAAGACCUGAUGCAUGGCCUGGGUGUUGUCGGUAGAUGAACUUCGUAAUGAAUAUGGAACCACUUUGGAGGUGACAUUGAGUUAGGAGUUUUUAGAUUGAUUAGCGUGCAGAGUAUGUUAGGGUAUCAUGUCUGAUGUCGUGAAAAGCGCCACUGGUCGAGAUUGGUGAGGAUACUGCCUCAAGUAGGUCGAUGGCUGUUUGCCAUUUUUCAUAUGAAGCUUGAAUAGUUCAGCACGUUUAUAUCCGAUCAGAAAUUCGGCCUAGCCAGAUGUGGAGCUGACUGCAUGUUCCUACCAAUUGGUUUUUUGGUUUGGACGUUGUAGCUAGGUUUUUUUUGUUUUCCACUGUUUGACAGCCUUUAUAGAAUCUACCACGCUAGUUUACGUCCUCUAGAGAUCUCUGAGUUCACCUCAAUUUCAGAUUCAAGGAGGAUAAAAUUGUGCGGUAGAAUCCUAGACUUUGAGGCUUGACUAUCUAGCAUCAAGAAGGUUGCAAGAAAAGGAAAUCUGCCUUCGUCGAACUCGUGAAUGUAAGUCCCAGUGCAUUCUGCUCAUGCAUAAAAGCUCUCUUUUGGAGUUGAUUUUCUCCAGUUAUUUUACAA